UCACGGUGAACGAGACCACUAUAAAAUCAAUCCCAUGUUAAGGAAACCCUGUGCUAAGCUCAACUCAAUUAAAUAAAAGUACACAGCAGCCAUGGCAGUCCGAGUGUUUCUUGCGGUAGGUGUUCUCCUGCUAUGCCUUGCAAAGGUCUCAUCUGAUCACAAGACAGAACAGGAUAAAACCAAUGUCGCUGAGGUGGAUUCCUUGAUUGUGAGAGGUGGAAACAGGAGGCUCAUGAAAGAUAUUGAUUGUGGAGGAUUAUGCAAGCAAAGAUGCAGCCAGCACUCGAGGCCGAACAGAUGUACCAGGGCGUGCGGGACCUGCUGCUUGAGGUGCAAGUGCGUUCCGCCAGGGACGUCGGGGAACAGAGAGGUUUGCGGAUCUUGCUACACUGACAUGACCACCCAUGGAAAUGUUACCAAGUGCCCUUAGUAACAUUUCCAUAGUAAAAUUUGUAGUUUUCUCUCACCUACUUAUUCUUUUAGGGUGCGUUUGGUUCACGGAAUGUAAGAUUACCAGUGGGAAUAAAAGAUUACUAGGGAAUAGGAUU